GGAUGUGAAUGCUGGACUAAAUCAACCUCGUUCUCUUCGACUUUGCCCUUGCUCGACUCACACCAGAUCUGUCGCACAUCACUCGUUCUGUGCUUCAGCAUCGUCCACUCGUUUACCAACACCCUUUGCGCAAUCAAUCCCUGCUCGUGCGAAGUAUAGAGGGAUUUCUUGAAACGACUUGUCAAAAAACACCAAAGACUUGAUCGAUCACUACCAUCAUUUCUUUUCAUCCGAGAAACUUGUACAUCACCAACUAAACGACACAAUGGCUGGUGUCAGAGACCCAGCAUUCUGGCGCCGGUUUUCUAUGGCAGUCCAUCUGGACGAGGAGAAAGCCAACAUAUCAGAUGCCCAAUCCACCUCGUCAUCUUCUUCCAGGCUCACACUCAAACACACUGAUACAUGGCUGGAACGGAACCGCCGAAAACAGCGUCGCACUUGUUAUCUUGGCUGGUUCAUUGCUAUAGGAUUUGCGACGACGAUUGCGGGAAUUGUGGUGGUGUUACUGUGGCUAUUGAAGGUGUCACCGUUCGACUGA